CAUGCGCGUGAAGGGGGGAGUCGGCCAUCAUAGGAUUUUAAUUUUGCAAUAACAUUUAUGCGAAAAGAAAAAUAAACUCGCAAUCAUGGCUGGGAAUAAGGGAAUGGAAGAUCUUAUUCCAGUUGUUAAUCGACUGCAAGAUGCAUUUUCUGCCAUUGGAGUAGGAGGUCUGCUGGAUUUGCCACAAAUUGCCGUCGUUGGCGGUCAGAGUGCAGGAAAAAGCAGUGUCCUCGAAAAUUUUGUCGGGAGAGAUUUCCUUCCUCGUGGAUCAGGUAUUGUAACCAGACGUCCUCUUGUACUGCAACUGAACCAUUCAAAAACAGAAUAUGGAGAAUUUUUACACUGCAAAGGGAAGAAAUUCACCGACUUUGACGAGAUUCGCAAGGAGAUUGAAGCAGAGACCGAUCGUGUUACCGGUAGCAACAAGGGAAUCUCUAACGUCCCAAUCAACCUUCGUGUUUACUCGCCCAACGUACUUAACCUGACACUGAUAGACUUGCCGGGUAUGACGAAAAUAGCCGUGGGAGAUCAGCCCGUGGACAUCGAGAUGCAGAUACGCAACAUGGUGAUGGAGUUUGUAACAAAUGAAAGCACUCUUAUCCUAGCCGUCUCUCCCGCCAACUCUGAUCUGGCCAACUCAGAUGCCCUCAAGAUCGCCAAAGAAGUAGAUCCAAAAGGUGUGCGUACCAUCGGUGUCAUCACAAAGCUGGAUCUGAUGGACGAUGGAACAGAUGCAAGUAACAUCCUGGAAAAUAAACUCCUUCCGCUGAGGAGAGGUUACAUUGGUGUUGUGAACAGGAGUCAGAGGGAUAUCGAAGGUAAGAAAGACAUCAAGGCCGCCCUCGCUGCUGAACGCAAGUUCUUUCUCAGCCAUCAAUCCUACAGGCAUAUAGCUGACAAGAUGGGUACUCCAUUCCUUCAAAAAGUCCUAAAUCAGCAACUGACCAAUCACAUUCGAGAUUCACUGCCCCAGCUUCGGAACAAACUGCAGGCUCAGGAGAUGUCCCUGGAAAAGGAGGUUGCAGAAUACAAGAAUUUCAGCGCAGAUGACCCAACCAGGAAAACAAAAGCUAUGCUGCAAAUGGUCCAGCAUUUUGGUGUGAACUUUGAGAAGCGAAUUGAGGGUUCCGGGGAUGAGAUCAACACGAAUGAGCUUUCAGGGGGAGCUCGAAUCAACAGAAUCUUUCACGAGAGGUUUCCCUUCGAGGUUGUCAAGAUGGAAUACGAUGAGAAGGAGCUUAGGAGAGAGAUCAGUUAUGCUAUCAAGAACAUCCAUGGUGUCAGGGUGGGUCUGUUCACACCAGACAUGGCAUUUGAAGCAAUCACCAAAAAACAAAUCAACCGUCUGAAAGAACCCUCGGUCAAAUGCGUUGAUAUGGUUGUCAACGAACUCAACAAUGUAGUCAGGCACUCGGGGGAAGGGAUGGCAAGGUAUCCACGAUUACGUGAGGAGACGGAGCGCAUUGUCUGCACACAUAUUCGUGAGCGUGAGUCCAAGACCAAGGACCAGGUUCUCAUGCUCAUCAACAUCCAACUAGCCUACAUGAACACAAACCAUGACGACUUCAUCGGAUUUGCCAAUGCUGCUAAAGCCAAGAGGACUGGCCGAGAUCAGCAAAAAAAGAUUCCCAAUCAGGUGAUUAGGAAAGGCUGGAUGAAUCUGCAUAACAUCAGUUUCAUGAAGGGAGGAGCUAAAGAUUACUGGUUUGUUCUCACUGCCGAAUCCCUAGGAUGGUUCAAAGAUGAAGAGGAAAAAGAAAACAAGUACAUGAUGAAUCUUGAUGGCUUGAAGCUGAGGGAUGGAGAAGCUGGAUUUAUGUCAAGGAAACAUGCAUUUUCUCUCUUCAAUCCUGAAAAUCAAAAUCGUAAUAUCUACAAGGACCACAAGACCCUGGAGCUGUCCUGUCAGACGUCAGAAGAGGUUGAUAGUUGGAAGGCAUCGUUCCUUAGAGCUGGAGUCUAUCCUGAAAGAAUCAAAGACAACGAUGACGAGGAAGAUCAGAAGGCCAGUGAUAGCGCUGUAUCGAUGGAUCCUCAACUAGAGAGACAAGUGGAAACAAUCAGAAAUCUAGUCGACUCCUAUAUGAGCAUCAUCAGCAAACAGAUCCGAGACCUGGUACCAAAGACAUGUAUGGCUCUCAUGAUUAAUGAUACCAAGGAUUUCAUUCUAGCUGAGAUGUUGGCUCAUUUAUAUUCAACAGGAGAUCAGGCAUCAUUGAUGGAGGAAAGUGCAGACGAAGCGCAGCGUCGGGAUGAAAUGCUAAGGAUGUACCAAGCUACCAAAGAGGCUCUACGUAUCAUAGGAGAUAUCAACAUGUCCACCAAAUCAACGCCAUUACCUCCUCCGGUCCAAAAUGACGACCUCAUCAAACCAUUCAAUGGUCCCAGUGUACCUAUCCCAUCAAAAAGAGCGACCCCAGCCCCAUCGUCGGGCGGUAUUAGACGGCCUAACCCAGGUAGGCCUGUCGGGAACAAUGCAGCACCGGGUCCACCUGCAGGCGGAUCCAGACCAGGACAGCCCAAUAUACCAGGUAGACCAGACAUGCCAAAUAGACCAGCUCCUUCUGUUCCAAGGCGUCCUGAGGCUCCCACAAGGCCCAGCCCUCCCAUACCAGAUAGGCCUGCAGUACCUUCUAGACCAUAUUAGGUUCUACGGUCACUCAGAUCUGUGGUCCUCUUAUCAAGGAUGUGUGUCAUAUUUUUUAGGACAAUAUAGCAGUAUAUAAUAGUAUGUCAAAGGUCAUAUUGAGAAGAGUUGAGGAUCAUUUUGUUCAAAAACAUCAAGGCUAUGUACAUGUAAUACAUUUAUUCCAUAUAUUCGCAGCAGAGUAGCUCUUCCAGAAACCGCUCAGAACAUCUGUGAACUCUGCUAAGAAGUUCAUGUAGGUCCAAGACUAGUCGUGAAGGAGAAGAUGAUAGUUAUGGUCAAUGUCUGGCCUGUUAAGAUACUAGUAGCAUGUCUGGUGUCAUUAGGCAGAGUCGCCUGGCAAAGAAGAGCAUUGUAUGGAGCCAUUAAAGACCACCAUGGACCAUUUCUUCCUCUGAAAAUAGUAAAUUUUCCGAGAGGCAAAAUCAAGCACAAGUUCAUCACAGCGUUAAAAGAUCAUGAAAUUGUCUUGGCAGAUGUUUCAUUAUCGUUUGUCUGCCACUUACUGUUGGUGUGGUCAAAAUUUGAGAUUGACGAUUGGCCGAGAGGCACUCGUCUCUGAAUGUUACCAUGGCAACUGCCAGAGAAUGACUUCUUCCUGGUGCUGACAACCUUCCAGAUUGCAGGAUGGAACAGCACCAUGUCAAUCAUCAUUGUACCAUCAUUCAUUGUGUGGUCAGGUCCAAAAAUGGUUUUGUCCAGAAUUUGUUUCUGAUACUGCUUUUCUCAUGCUUCAGAGAACUAUGUGAAUGAUGAAUAAAAGCUCACAGUGAUCCGAAGGGCAUUCUUUAUUUUUUGUUAAGGUUACUGACCAUGCCUCUUCGCCCUUCUCAGAAAAUAUGCUUGGUGAUAACACUGCUCCCUGGGUUACACCAUAGAAAUAUACUCAAUUUUACCACUGAUAAAAAAACCUACAGUGUGAGAUAUGAAAUGGGAAAGAAUAAAAUGGAUGUGAAUACCAAUGUGAUAAAUGAUAUAUCGGGGGAAAUUCAAGUGUGUAUCAUCUCCAAACAGACUCAUAUGCACAUGUAUGUAAUGUACAUUGUUCACUUUAAUAGACUAGUGUAUAUUGUCUGUGAAAAAAUGUAUGUUUACCAAAUGAUCCACCACGAUAUUAUAGCUGUAUAUAUAUAUAUAUUCCCUUUUAUUUGAUGCAAAUUUGAUUAAUUAUGAUAUGAAGCCUACUAUGUACACUGAAUUUUUUUAUAAAUCUUCUUUUUAGUGCAUAUACUGUAUAAAUUCCUGAAGAUUGUUAAUGCAGUAUGCACCUAAAAGUCAUAUAUUAUGGACUGUCUGACAUCGCUGUUGCCAAAGUUUAAUAUGAUAUUUUAUCCCUCUGAUUAUUAUUGGUUGUUACAUCACAUAUGAAAAAUAAUUUGGUGUUGCUAUGUAAGGGCGUCACGGAAGUGUUAGAAGUAGGGGAACAUUUUUUUUAAAAUAGAGGUAAUUGGAACUCUGUGACUGGUCUGUGUUGUGAUAGUGUAUUUAAACUUUCAAGGCAGCGUUAAUGUUGUUGGUAAAGUGGCGGCAGUUAAUGGAAAUUGAAAGGAUGUGGUUGGCUAUAGAUUGAUUCUUUUUGGGAGGCAUUAAACUACAUGUGCCACUCUCCACCCAGGGAGGGGGGAAUGUUUCACAAAGAGUUAACUUGACUUAAAGUCACAAUGAAAUUCCCAUUUUGUGCAGUAUAAAAGGCUUCACUGUGUUGGUCAAAUCAUGCUAAGAGGACGCAUGCCAGUGCACAUUAAUGUUAAAUGUGCACAUCUACCCCCCCCCCCAAAUGUUAUUCCCCAGGGAAUGGAGAAUGUACGCAUAUUUUAUGUAGGCAAGCCUGAUUGUAUUAAAUCAUGACCCUCAUAUGGGUAUUAAAUCUGUAAAAAACGUUCAGGGGCUGUUUCACGGAAGUCUUACAAUGUUUACUUGUGAUUACCAUGGUAACAUGGCUCAGCAGCCAAUCAAAAUCAAGGAUUCCUCAAUAAUUACCAUAUCAUCUAAGUAACAAUAAUUGCGAGUCUCUUUGAAACAGGGUCCUGAUAGAUUAAAGUUGUAUGAUCAGAGUCACAUUUCACAAAGAAUUGCACAAUUUCUAUUACAAAUUUACAUGUACUAUCAGCCAAUCAGAUUGAAGGAUUUCAGUAGCUUUUAACUGUUAUUGCAUAUUUGUUAUUAUAACAAGUUUUAUAAAAGAGGGACCUGGAUAAAAAGAAGACUUGAAAGUCAUCCAAGAGAGCUUGGCAAGAGACGGUCCAUUGUCCUGUAUGAGAUGAUCCAUUGUCCAUUUGAAGGCAGUCAUUAAAUUUGUAUAGUUUUGAAUGGAUAUUCAGCAAAAUUCAUUUGCAGAUUAUAUUGUAUUUGUGCUCUGAAGUAGAAAGUAAAACUGAGAUGACAUUCUAACCAAGUUGGAAAAAGAGAGAAAAGUUGAGCAAUCGAUUUAACGAUGACUUUACGCCUACGUGAGACUGUAAAAAACCAUGAUAUAUACUUGUAACUGUGCAAAUAUUUGUAAGACCCCUUUUAAAACUUGUGAUAAUACGAAGUGAUUGUUUUAGACCUACAUAACCCAAGAACAUAAACUAUAAUUGAUUGUCAAUUAUCAAUUUGUAACCUCCAUUUCCAAUGGCAUGGGAAUUUGUGGAUGAAAGGCAUUUGUGUAACAAACAAAAUCAUUGUCUUUCAAUUGAAUGUUUUCCUAUUUUAUUUACGAUAUCUAUUAUUGAUUUUUGUUAUUGUAUACAUUGCUAUUUCAUUGUUUUAGUUAUGAACUACGUAUUUGUUAGUCCAUUUCAAUAAUGGCAUUGUGGUUUAUUUGUGUGGCUUCUUUACAAAUUCAACGUUUACAGGAGACUUCUGGUUUGUAAUGUAAUUAAAAAGAUUCCUUUUCGCUGUUUGGCCAUAGCUUACUACCGCAGGAAAAAUAGGAAAUUAUUACUUAGUAGCCCGCAUUGAAAUUACACAUUUAUUUGAUUUAUUUUUCUUGUUCUUCAAAAUGUGACAUAAAGCAUUGUGGUUGAUCAGAGGGCUGGUUUUCAUGUUUAAUGACAUUGAUUAUUUUGUGCAUUCAAGCAUAUAAAAAUCAAGUUUACGAUCAAUUGUUAAGCUCUGUGAAACAAACCCCUGGGCCCUAUCUUAUAAAGAGCUGCGAUUGAUCUGAUAAACCACACCUAUGGAAGGACAGCAACGUAGACAUCUAAGAUGCAUGUUUGUUCAAAAUAUUUUCUAGAUACGAUGUGUUUUCAUACCUGUACAUUCAUCAUUUUUUUAAAAUUCAGUAUGCUUCUCUUUGUUUACAAAGGACAUAGUGCAUAUUUCUUGUAGGAAAUAUUAUGACACUGAUGGAUUUCCAUAUAGUCGAGGUUGAUUGGAUCAAUCAUAACUCUUUGUAAGACAGGACCCUGUUCUAAUUAUUUUUGUUCAUUUUCAACAGUUUUGAGAUCAUUGGUUUAUGACACUUUUAUAAUAGUUCUCGACUACUCUGUGUUUAGAUGCUUUUGUGAAUGUACUAUAGGUAAUCAAAACAAAAUGUGCCCAGAAUCCAAUAGUCCGUCGCUAUUUCACAUUGGUUGAUUUCAAGCUCGGUGUUGAUAAGUGUUGAUCCAAUGUGUACACCAGACAAAAGCACAGAAUUUGGUGUUGAGCUACUGUUGUGUAUGUGAAUUCACAUUUGGUAUUGGGUCAGGUAGCAUGGUCAUUGCUUCCAACACCAACACCCAACACUAACACCAAACUUGAAAUCAUCCUAUAUCAUCAGUAUUCAGUUUGCAGGGAUUUUAUAUGGUGUCUUUAAUGUUCAUAUGUGGAAAAUUUUACAGUGAUGUAAAGAUCAAAGUCCACACUCUUAUUUAGUUCAUGUGGGGAUGAUGAUGCUUUUGUGUUUGUUUAUAUUUUGUAACUCUUUUUAACCGACAGUUUGUUGUCUCUAUUUAGCAGUUUAUAUCUGUAGUGAUAUAAAUAUAUAUAGGCCUAUGAAAGGGAUAUGGUCUGCUUUGAUCAAUAUGAUGUCACAGUUUCAUAGGCAUGUUGUGAUGUUUAAGUGAGGGAUAGAUACCUUAAAUGUAUGAAAUAUUUAUCAUGUGUAUCAUUGCUAAGUGGUAUUGGAGGAAUUGUGUUUAAGUGUUGGAAUGGAUAUUUAUAAAAGCAUUAGCUCUUCCUGUCAUGUGAUAUGAUUACGGCCCACUCCUUUAUACAUUCUCUCUCCACAAAUCCUCUUCGCUUAUUCCCUCUUCCCCCUCCCAAUCCCUCCAUCCAUCUACCCCCUCAUUCUCCCCCUCUCCCCUCCCAAUCCCCAUCCCUCAUAUCCUUCUAUCCAUCUACCCCCUAACUCUCCCCUCUACUCAUUCUUCUCUCUCCCUCAUCUGGCUCUUCCUAUCAAUUUCAAUCUCCAUCUCCCUUCCCCUCUUCCUUCUCUCUCUUUCCACCAUCUAUCUCUUCCCUUCCCUCAUCCAUCUCUUCCCAUCCUUCUCCUCCCACUUCCUCUCCCCUUUUCGAUCCCCUCUCCUCUUUUUCCUCUCUUCCCCCUCCCCUGCCCCCACUCUCCCUGUGACACCCCUAUAUUGGUCUUGCCCCAUCAAAAUCCUUCUUCAUAUUUGUGCGAUAUUGUCAACUUGUGCAAAUUUCUAGUGAACAUGAACUUACAUAUGAAUAUUAAUUAUAUCUGAAUGAUGUCCAUGUCUAUCCCCAUAUGUGAUAACAUUAGAAUUGAUAUUAUUUAUCAUUUCAAUUAGUGCUGAUGCAAUUGCAUUAUUUCAGUCUUGUGGCCAUUGCUUUCAUUUUCAAGUCCUUAUGCGGUAGAGCAAUAUAGACAUUUUCUGUUCACCAAUUAUUUAAAAUCCAACCAUUUAUUAUUGCAUAUAGUAUUUCAAACUUCUUGUCAUUCCAAACAAAAUGCUUUUCACUUUUUUUUGCUUUGUACAGGAAUGAUAAAAAUAUGAUUCACAUUUGUGCAGGGAUUAUUUAGUAGGAAUUUGAGACAGAAGAGGGAAUUUGUUUAAGAAAUUGUAACUUUGGGGCUUUUGUAGUGAAGGAGAUAUUUGUAAUCCAAUGAGGAAAGACAAAAAAUUGUGAGGGAAGUUGUAAGCAUUGUUACACCACUUUGAUAUUUUUUUUUACCAUGAACAUAUUUUUGUCUUAUCUUUCUACAUUUCAUCAGAAGUUGUGAUAUUUGCAAUAUUAAUGACAGAAACACAUGUUUACUUUAUCAAUUGUAUUUUCUUUUGCUGCAAUGCAUUUUAUCAGAAACUUCAAUAGAUGGGCAUGGUCAUGAUGUGGUAUCAUCAGUCAAUUACAGUAGUAGUACUUAAACAACUUCCAAGAUCCUGUGACACAAAGCCUAGCGAUCAUCGUAGAAGAAUAUCUUUACAAUUGAUUGCAUUGACUACAAUGUACAAUCCAUGGUGGAAAUCAAGCGCACAAUGUGUCACUAACCUUUGCGUUACAGGAUUCAGAAGUGCAAAGUAGGAUUGCUUCCUACGUCUUUUCUCCCUCUCUUCUCUUUCUGUCUUUCUCUCCACUCUCAUCUCAUCUGUCUCUAUGCCUUUUUUUUCUUUUCUUCUCUAAUCUCUUCCUCUUCCAACAUGGAUUUCAGAAAGACAUGUACAUUUCAUUGAUUAGAAUUAGUUUUUUUUAGCCAACAAAUUUACAAAUAUAAGAAAUAGCAUUUAAUCAUGUUUUACAUGGAAUUAAGAAACAGUGAACAAAAAUGAAGAAGUUACAUGAUGUGAUUAAGAGAUAACACAAAUAUUUGAUAUUAGUUAUUACUGCAAUAGUUGUCCAAUCUUGGAAGGAAACAAUUAUCAGUUUGUUCUUUUGUUAGUUCUUUCAUAGUCAAUUUUUAAAAACACUUGUUGGUAUUCUCAAGCAUUAAUUAAGGUUAAAGUUUGUGUGCACUGUUGUGAAGUGCCAUUUGUUAGGAACUUCACAGAUUAUAGAUUAUUUCAGUCAUCUACUGAAAAGCUUUAAAAAAAGGAGAUGUUUUUAAUGAAAUGAGGGAAAAACAAUAAGACAAAAUGAGUGUUGUUAAUAAAUUUCAUUAAGAAAGAUUUUGGUACAUUCUGGAAGCCCUGAAAUAAUUAUUGAAUAAGGAGGAUGAAUCGUGGCAUUCCAUAGAAGUAUGGAAUAAAAGUCUGGACUUAAACCCCUGGUUAUCUUUGAAAGCAACCCAAAUUCUGAGGAAUGAUGUAACAAUUUGCUAUUUUACUGAAGAAUAAACAAUAUAAUUUUGUUAUGUUUUUAUUGAGACAUCGUGAAUAUACGCCCUUAUUAGUUAUUAGAGGCAGAUGAAAGAAUGAAUAUGAAGAUUAUUCAUAAUCUCAAUUGAUAGGUAGUUAUUCUUUUUAUCAUAAGUUGAAUGUUUUAAAUAGAUGCACCCCAUUGUAGAGAUCCUACACUUUGGCAUUUUGUAUAGUUAUCAUUAUUAUUAUUAUAUAUUAUAAAUGAGCUAAGCAAUAAUGGUCUAAGCAUCCGAUGAUGAUUAUUUAUGUUCAGAUAUGUCUAUUAGAUGUACCUACUGUUGUAAUGAGAAUGUGUGGAGAAAUAAAAUUAUAUGUACCGUGCAGUCGAA